AUGGACUUCCAGAGUAACCAAUUCCAGGUCAAAGGAUCAGAUUGGCUGGGUGACCAAGAUGCGAUCCAUUAUAUGUGCCGCGAGGCCCCCAGAGCUGUAAGAGAACUCGAGGAAUACGGAAUGCCUUUCAGUCGCACCGAGCAAGGCACGAUCUAUCAAAGACCUUUGGGAGGACAGAGUCUGAAUUUCGGCACCGGAGGACAAGCCCAUCGGACCGCGUGUGUGGCUGAUAGAACUGGCCAUUCUAUGCUGCAUACCUUAUACGGGCAGGCCCUCAAGCAUAACUGUCAAUUUCAUAUAGAGUGGUUUGCAUUGGACCUGAUUAUGGACGGCAAGGACUGUAUUGGCCUGACGGCACUCGACAUGGAAACAGGCACCUUUCAUCGCAUCUUUGCCAGGAACACGAUUCUCGCCACGGGAGGCUAUGGGCGCUGUUAUUUUAGUGCAACGUCGGCACAUACCUCAACCGGAGACGGCUUAGCAAUGGCUGCAAGAGCAGGUCUUCCCCUUCAGGAUAUGGAAUUUGUACAGUUCCACCCGAGCGGCAUUUAUGGCGCUGGAGUCCUGAUUUCAGAGGGCGCUAGAGGUGAAGGCGGAUAUCUGCUAAACGGCGAGGGAGAGCGUUUCAUGGAGCGUUAUGCGCCAACAGCAAAGGACCUUGCAAGUCGUGAUGUCGUCAGCCGGAGUAUGAACAUGGAGAUCAGAGAGGGCCGGGGUUGUGGUCCAGACAAGGAUCACAUCUUCCUCCAACUGUCACAUCUGCCGAAAGACAUCCUUAUGGAGAGAUUGCCAGGAAUCGCAGAGACUGCCAGUAUUUUCUCGGGCGUGGACGUCACAAAGCAGCCGAUCCCCGUUCUACCAACCGUGCACUACUGUAUGGGGGGUAUACCUACCAACUGGAAAGGCCAAGUUCUAGAUGUGAAUCCAAGCACCGGAGAAGAGACCCCAGUCAACGGUCUAUACGCGGCCGGAGAGGUCGCAUGCGUCUCGGUGCACGGCGCUAACCGUCUGGGAGCAAACAGCUUGUUAGACAUUGUCGUCUUUGGCCGAGCUGCUGCCGGCCACAUCGCUGAAAAUAACGAGAAAGGCAUGCCAGUAUUCAGGAAUGGGGGCAGCAUUUCGCCGCAAAUGGGAGUGGAGGGUUUCGUGGACCUGGAACACCUACGAAAUGCAGAUGGAAAGAAGUUGACCUCUGAGCUCCGUGCUGAGAUGCAGAAGAAUAUGCAGAACGACAUAGCGGUCUUUCGAACAGAAGAAAGUUUGAAGACAGGCCUGGAACACCUGCAGCAAGUGGAAACCGAUUUCAAUACAGACGUCUGCGUCAAAGACAAAAGUCUGAUAUGGAAUUCCGAUCUCGUGGAGACAUUGGAGCUGCGGAACCUUUUGACAUGUGCUGCACAGACUGCCAGGAGUGCUCUCGAGAGAAAGGAGUCGCGCGGCUCUCACGCUCGAGAGGAUUUCACUGAGAGAGAUGACCAGAACUUCAUGCGCCAUUCUCUGAGUUGGCAGAAGGAUGUUGGCCACAGCAUUGCCAUCGGCUAUCGAGAUGUGAUUUUUUCCACACUCGAUGAACAGGAAUGCCAGACGGUGCCGCCGAAGAAGAGGACGUACUGA